AUGCAUCCAACGGUGCCAACCACCCGGGCCAAUGGACAUGGCCUGUCCACGUCCUCAAUUGAGGAUGAACCCACGAGUCUACCGGCUAUCCUCACAGCUGCCGCCCAAAGCCCGACAGGAAUCUGCAUCUAUGCGCCUGGUCAGGUGGCGGGGAGUCCAGCACGAUUGAGCUACGCCGAUCUUGCUCGGCGCGCCCACGAGGAUGCGUGCGUACUGCUCAAUCACAUCCACGACCAGCCCGUGGUGCUCAUCCACUUGGACAACCAUGCGGACAACAUCCGCUGGUUCUGGGCGGUGGUCUAUGCCGGGCUGCUCCCGGCCAUGUCGACGCCGUUGUCGCAGAACGCCCCGCAACGGGCUCAGCAUCUGCAAGACCUGCAGGAACUGCUCGAAGCCCCCGUCGUCCUGACCUCCGCAGGUCUGCUCGCUCAAUUCCCCGAGCUCACGCAGCCGCGCACCCUGACCAUCGAGCAGUUGGGUCACGCCGAUCCCAGGCGUGACGCUACGGCGGAGCGAGCGCCACCGCAACCGCGUCAGGGCGAUGCGCCGGCGGUGCUGAUGCUAACCUCCGGCAGUACCGGCCCUGCAAAAGCCGUCUCUCUGACGGUGCCGCAGAUGGUGGCUGCUCUGCGCAGCAAGAGCCGGGCCGAGGCGUACACCCAUCGCUCGGUCCUGUUGAACUGGAUCGGGCUGGACCAUGUGGCCAACCUGCUGGAAAUCCACUUGAACGCCAUCUUCACCGCAACGGAGCAGGUGCAGGUGCAGGCGCGAGACGUCCUCACCGAUCCCUGGGUGUUGCUCCGGCUCAUCGAGCGCCAUCGCGUGUCUCACACCUUUGCGCCCAAUUUCUUCCUGGCGCUGCUGCGGCAGCGGAUCGCCGGGGAGGAAGGUCGUGACCCACCCCCGGCCAUCGAUCUGUCGUCGCUGCAGGCCAUUGUCACUGGCGGCGAGGCGAAUGGGGUUGAGCUGGCUGCAACGCUCACUCGCCAGUUGCAGCGGCUCGGGGUGGUCGACCCCGUCCUCUGCAUCGCCUACGGCCUGACCGAGGCCUGUGCCGCGCUCACCUAUGGCAGGUUCGACGCCUUGUCUGAAGCAAAGGAGGGCCACGAGUUUGCCUCCGUCGGCACGCCCGUCGACAACGCCAGGGUCCGGAUCCAGACCGCGACCGGGGUCCCCGCGUCCUCUCUGGAGAUCGGGGAGGUCCAACUGUCUGGACCGGUGGUCUUCCGCCAGUAUUAUCGCCAUCCUGCAGCCACGCAGCGCUCCUUCACGUCGGAUGGUUGGUUUCGCACCGGUGACCGGGGUUACUGGGAUGCGGAGGGCCGACUCCAUCUGGCCGGACGCGACAAGGAGAUUCUGGUCAUCAAUGGGGUGAACUACUCGCCCCAGGAGAUCGAGACGGUGCUCGAGUUGGCGCACAUCCCGGGUCUGGUGCCCUCCCACUUCGCCGUCUUCGCCCAUCGCCCCUCCGGCAGCGACACCGAGGGCUACUGCGUGAUCUACAGCCCGGCCCACCCCGUCGCCGACCCUGUGUCGCGGGAUGCCACCGCGGAGAGGGUCGCCAGCAUCGCCAGCACGAUCCCCCAUGUGCGGCCCAACUGGGUGAUCCCCGUCCCCGCGACGCGUCUGCAGAAAUCCUCGUUGGGCAAACUCUCGCGCACGAAGCUGCAGACCGAGUUCCUGGCCGGGGUCUUCGACGCCAACAUGAUCCGCUCGCAGGGGCCCAUCCACUCGGCCGGCCCCGCGAGGCGCAUCGCCCCCGCCACCCCGACCGAGGAAGCCAUUGUCACCGUGCUGGAAGAGAUGCUGGAAGUCCCUCGCGAGGUGAUCUCCGUCGACCAAACCAUCUUCGCGCUGGGGGUCACCUCGGUGACGCUCUUCCGGUUCGAGCAGCUUCUCCGCGAGCGGUUAGGGUUCGCCGCGGGGGUCUCGCUGAUCACUUUCCUCAACAGCCCCGUCGUGCGCAACAUCGCCGACACCAUCGACCACGCCACCUCCACGCAAUACAACCCGGUCGUGCCCCUGCAGCCCCGCGGCGAUCGACCGCCGCUCUGGCUGGUGCAUCCGGCCUCGGGCAACGUGCUCGCCUUCCUGCCGCUGGCGCGCACCCUGACCGACCGGCCGCUGUACGGGCUCACGGCGCGCGGCCUGGGCGACCACGGCCAGCUGUUCGCGAGUAUCGAGGCGAUGGCCGACACCUACUACACGCACGUCAAGCGCACGCAGCCGCACGGCCCCUACGCGCUGACGGGCUACUCGCUGGGCACCACCGUGGCCUUUGAGCUGGCCAAACGCCUCGAAGCCAACGGGGAUCACGUCGCCUUCUGCGCCGCCCUCGACUCCCCCCCGCACAUUAUCCCGCUGGUCCAGCAUCUCGACUGGACGCGCGCCGCCAUUCGCGUCACCUACUUUCUGGGCUUGAUCCCCCAGGAGGCGAUUCCUGCGUACGAGGCCGAAAUGGCCCACCUGUCGCGCGACCAGGUCAUCGCGCGCUUGCUGGCCGUUGCCCGCCCCGCGGAACGCGCCCGUCUCCACCUCACGGCCGAGCAGCUGACGGCCAUCGUCUACGUCACCGACAACUUUGGCGAGAUGGGCCGCCAGUACGAACCGUCGGGGACGGUGCGGAAGAUGGACGUCUUCCACUGCAUCCCGCUGCAGUCGGUGUGUGCGGAUCGGGGGCGGUGGGUGGAGGAGUAUUUGAGCAAAUGGCAGGAUUUCUCCAGGGAGGAGAUUGGCUGGAUUGAGUGUGAGGGAGACCAUGCAGACAUGCUGAAUCCGCAGUAUGUGGAGGGGUUUGAGCAGCGGUUGAGUCGGGUCUUGCGCGAGAGAGGGUUGUAGCGGUUGUCGUGGUCAUGGGUUGAGGAUAUGGCAACUUGAUUGGGAGUUCCAGACUUUUGUUUCC